AUGUAUUUAUUAGGUCAAAAACAUUUAUCAGCUUCUGAAAAGCAAUCUAAAUUUAUUUUUGAACGUGUUUCAUUAGUAGAGAAACACUUUUCUGAAGUUUGUGCGAGUCUCAGUGCAUACACAAGAAAAGCUGCAAGAGUUCGAGACAAAGGUGAUGAACUGGCUAAAUCAUUUCAGAACUAUGCAAUGUCUGAAAAAAUCAAUAUAUCGCUUAGUAAGGGCUUACUUAAUUUCUCCCGAGCUUUAUCGUUACUGUCCGACCACCGAGAUACUGAAGUCAUACGUCUCGACACAAAGGUGAUUCAGGAACUUGCCAAUUAUGAUUCAUUUUGCAGAACAGCAAAAGAUGAACUUAAACACUCUUUAAACGCCAGAGAUAAAGAAAUUAGUAAAAAACGCAAUUUAGAUAAGAUUUUAGAAAAAUCUCCUGCAAAUAAACAGCAAAUCGCUUUAGCAGAACAUGAUUUAUCUAAAUGUUCAAUGGAAGUUUUAAAAACAAUUAGAAAUUUGGAGAAACAAACAGAAACAUUUGAGAAGCAGAAAAUUCGUGAUGUUAAAUCAGUUCUAAUUGAUUUCAUUCAAAUUGAAAUGUCUCUGCAUGCAAAGGCUUUAGAAAUACUAACAGCUGCCUAUCAAGAUAUUAGUAACAUAGAUGAGCAAUCCGACUUUCAGGAGUUUCAAAAGUUGAGCAGAUCUCUGGAUCGGGAAUUUUGUAAAUCCAUGAAAAUUCAAAGUUGUGAAAAUUCUAAUGAUUGCAGUACAUCAAAAACAAAUUACAAUUCAAAACGUUCACAAAGGCCACAGACCUCACAAUCCAUGGGUGAUCUAUUUUUUUCACGUGGAUUAGAUAACCAAUAUGAUUUGGAAGACCGCUAUGAGGUAGACAAGGGCAAUGCGAAUAGAAGUAUGGAAUCAAUUUCUUUGGGCAGAAGUCAUAAACGGCUGAAUUCGGAAGGUAUAUCUAAUGGAGAUUAUGAAUAUGAACUGAAUAAUGAAGAUACAGAUGAAGACAGCAGUGAUCAAGCAUCCUCCCUUUACAAUUAUAAAUAA